UUGGGAGGUCCUAAGCGGCAUAGACGACCUAUUAAUUAUUAUGCGGUUCGAGGCUGCCCCCUAUUAUGUUUUCAAAUACCAUACCAACGAACAUUACUAUAGUCACAAUCAAGUGAAAUUAAAGUGAUUACUUUAUUUUUGCUCACUUUUUUAUUAUAUUUUCUAAUUAUAGCACAAAUUAAAUAUAUUUAACAUGAUCAUUUCUACAAGUUUUUUAACAAUUUUAAAUUAUAAAUCAUCGACGGGUUGUGUAUAAAAUUUCUGUCCUUGUACCUAUCCGUGGGCCAUGUAUGCCCACAGAGUAAAAUUCCCUUUAUAGCACAUGACCGUCCUCCUUGGUCUUUCUAGAGGCACACAGAAACCUCUCUCCCUCUCUGUCUUUCCCAAUUUCCUCUCCUUCCUUAUUACAGAGCCUCUCUCUCUCUCUCUCUCUCUCUCUCUCUCACCUUGAUCCCUCUCCUCCAUUUUUCACUCUCAGCUUUCACCACCCAACCUUCCACAACUCUCAAACAGCAAAUUCUUCACAACUCAGUCAACAAUGGCAGCCUACUUCGUCUCUGAACCAAUGCAAAGAGACAUUACCUCCCGGAAAAGGAAGGAGCUGGGUCAGCUCGACCAAGUCAACCACGACUUGUCCGACUUCUCUCUUUCCUCUCCCGCCACUAAGAUUCGCCGCCUGGAUGCGCAAUUACCGCCGAUUUUGGAGGAAGAUGAGGUUGAAAUCGACCCGGCUCCGAAUCAUGAGAUGAACUUGGAGCUUGAUAAUCAAGAAAGGGCUAUUGUGCCCUUCAACCCUGUGAAAAACCCAAUGCUCCGUAACCCUUCAAAUGUCUCUAUCUCACUUAGUCCUGACCUUGUUUCUGGUUUCAAGGACCACUAUCUUCGCUCCAGCUAUCACUACGGCAUGAAAUCUGACAACCAAUGUACAGCUGUUGUUACAUGGGUGCCAUCUCAGCUCGCUUCUAUGCCAGUUAAGGAGGUUUCACAAUCCGAUGAUGGAGGAGAGCCCAUGGAGGAUGAAGACAUGGGUGCAGCGGCGAUGGAGGUUGAGGAGAGCAGUACAUCAGGGGGAGGAGCACAAGGAACAAGCAAUGGCUAUGGUGGAGGGAUUUGGGCUGGUAGUAGUGAGGGGUUUUUGCAGUGGCAGCAACAGCAUUGUAUGAUACCACAGCCUCCACAGAACAUAACGACACCCAUCACUUGGCUUCAAUGAGACCCAACAAAUGCUUAACAGGGCUACUAGGUUUGGUUAUGAGGAAAUGAGACCUGUAUCUCUUACUAGGAGGUCUGUGUUUCUAAGUUCUAACACUAGUCUUUUAAGAAAUGAUGUUAGUUAUGUAAUGUUGAUAGCGGCGUAGGAAUUUUUUUCCAAGAAAGAUCUGCAGGUUUGUGAUGGGCUACAAUGAACAAGUAGCAGCCUAGCAGGGCUUCUUACUCUGA